CUACGUAUAUGCAAACGGAAAUUAGAUAGUUAAUAUAUCCAAUGUAUACGCUAACUGCAAAUGGAUUUUAUCUUGUAUUUCAUUAUUAUCGCACAUCAACUUUGCACAUUGCAUUGCGCAAGUAUUUAUAUAUUGCUGGUUCGAGUAGCGCAAAGCAAGAACGGGACUUGAAUAAUAAAGAUUAAAAAUGCGGCAUCAUUCUGUGGUUGAAUCUUGAGAAAAAGUGGAAACUUUACAUUAUUUUCUGCUUUUAAAAAAAUAAGUGUUUUAAAAUUUUUUUUUUAAUAUAUUCUCUUUCUCUCUCUUUUUCUCAGUUAUCUUAUUGUAUUUAAUUAUGCUACAUUUAUAUAUAAAGCAUGAUAAUUUGUAAUAUAUAAUUAGUAGUAAAGCAUAGCGAUAUCUGCUAAAAGUAUCAAAUAUUUUGGCGAAGCAUCGUUAACUAACAGACACGAGAAUGGACUUAAUCUCUUUGAUACUGUGCAUGUUAUUCGUUGUUUUACUAAUUCCCACAAUUAUAUCGACAGUGUAUCAUUAUUAUGUUCUUCGACGAAAUCUUAACAAUAUUCCUGAAUAUGGAUCUCCUUUUACUGUGGCAUUUGAAUUGAUGAAGAUGACGGAAUAUGAACGCACAUUAUGGUUUAUGCAACGUAUGCGUGAAUUUAAAGAUGGAAUUUUUAUAAAUUGGAUUGGCUUGAAACCAUUAAUUAAUAUCUAUAAACCUGAAUUUUUUAAGAUUAUUUUGCCCAGUACUGUAAAUAUCGAGAAAGGAUUUCCCUAUGAAAUGCUGAAUUCUUGGUUAGGCAAAGGACUUCUAACUUCUACAGGAAAACAAUGGAAUCAUGAUAGAAAAUUAAUUGGACCAACGUUCCAUUUUAGUAUAUUGGAUCAAUUUGCCUUAGUUAUGUCCGAAAAAGCAGAGAUCUUGACAAAAUGUCUUGAGAAAGAAAUAGCAAAGAAUCCAGGGAAAGCUAUCAACAUUUUUCCGUUUGCUAACAAUGUUGCUCUCGACGUUAUAUGUGAAACGGCAAUGGGUGUGGAUGUACAUGCUCAAGAAAUUAAAACCGAGUAUACCACAACAAUACAUAGAGGUACUAAAUUAAUUGUGGAGCGAUUUUUUCAACCAUGGCUUUGGUCAGAUUGGUUGUAUAAUUUAAUGUCUUCAGGAAAAGAAUAUAAAUCAGUAAUCAAUAUAAUACAUAAAUUUACAAGAAAGGUGAUAUGUCAAAGAAAGAUCGCACGACAAUUGAGAAACGGUUCUAUCAAAUCGAAAAACGUGGAUGACGAUCUUGAUAUAGGUAAGCGAAAGAGGAAAGCUUUUCUAGAUCUGUUACUAGAUCAGAAUGAGAAGGACGAAACUCCGUUAACCGAUGAUGAAUUGAGGGCACAAGUCGACACAUUUAUGUUUGAGGGUCAUGACACAACUGCGGUUGCGAUAACUUGGUCGCUUUUUCUUUUGGGCAAUAAUCUUGAGCAUCAAGAAAAAGUUCAUGAAGAACUCGAGGAAGUUUUCAAAGAUUCGAAGACACCAGCCAGCGUAAAGGAGUUGUCACAAUUGAAGUAUCUCGAUAGGAUCAUAAAAGAAUCGCUUAGAUUAUUCCCAAGUGUACCUGUAAUCACAAGGAAAUUAACGAAAGAUAUAAAAAUGGAUGGUUAUACGCUCCCGAAAGGUGUUACAGUUGUAUUGGCAAUCGGUUUACUGCAUAAAAAUCCGGAAAUUUGGUCACAUCCAAAUAAGUUCGAUCCAGAUCGCUUUCUUCCGGAUAAUUCCAAAUAUAGGAAUCCAUAUGCUUAUGUUCCAUUCAGCGCUGGACCAAGAAACUGUAUUGGCCAGAAAUUUGCUUUACUCGAAGAGAAAACAAUAUUAACAGCUAUUUUGAGAAAAUGGAGAGUGAAAAGUGUAGAAACGGCGGAUACAGUUCCACACGGAGCCUCUCUCAUUUUGCGACCAUGCGAAGAUAUAUGCAUCUAUUUCACGCCAAAGGAAUAAUAAAUUUAUUUAUCAGUAAAAGUUUAUUUUUUUAUUGUGCGCAAUCUUUAUAAUCUUUUUCGAUUAUACUGAAGUCGAAUAUUUUCAUAUUGUCAUUGUGCAUAUGCACUAUAUCUAUGUAUGCUAUAUGUAUACUAUACACUUUUAUGCAUAGUAAUUGAAAGUAAUAUAAGUUAUACAUUUAAUUAUUCAAUAUCGAGUAAAUGUAUGCGUUUACUAUUGCAUAAUCAAAAAUAAAAAGAACAUAAAUGAUU